GCCGUUCGAACAGAGUAGACAAGGUUCACUACCACUCGUAGGUGCGAUGAACUGGCCACCUGCUAGAUCUGAUCACGUACAACGCCCCCACUACUUGUGCAUGUACACCAGCAUGACAUCGGGAAGGAGACUGUGGCGGCGUCUAGUAGUCCCCGGUAUCCUGGAUCUUCGUUGAUCUCGCCAAGCGCACUGCUGCCACUGGCCUGGUGGGCCUCAGCGCACCGCUGGCUCCUUCUACUUAUCGUCGUGCAGACUCCACGAUCCCCCUUAUCAACCCCAUGACACCAUAAGAAUGGCUCCCCGCAAACCCGUUCCGUAGGGUCCUGCUGCUCGCCUCCUCGCCGUGUUCCCUACAGUCAUGUCACCAUCAUUGAAGACUGUGUCUGACGAGAAGGUACUCGCCGACCCGGAGGUCGUCUCAGUUGCGCAGGAGAAUGUCUACCGCCCCGAGGUGGACACUUCCGGUGUGAAUGAGCGUAAGCUCAUGUGGAAGAUCGACUGGCACACCGUCCCAUGGUUGGCGUUCCUCUACUUCCUCAACUCCCUUGACCGGGGGAAUAUCGGCAAUGCUAAGUUGUAUGGCCUCGAGAGCGCUCUUCAUAUAACGGACAAGCAGUACCUGAUCGCGCUUACGGUCUUCUUCUUUCCCUAUGCUCUGUUUGAGCUGCCCAGCAACUUGGUGCUCAAGCGGUUGCGGCCGUCACGAUGGCUGGCUUUCAUUAUGUUCGUCUGGGGUAUAGCAACGACACUUCACGGAGUCGCUCAUAACUAUGGUGGUCUCGUCGCUCUGCGUGUAAUCCUUGGAUUGGCGGAAGCAGGGUUGUAUCCCGGCAUUGUCUACUACCUGUCCUGCUGGUACAAACGCACCGAGCUAGGCACGCGAGUCGCUGUAUUCUUCACGUCUGCCACCAUUGCUGGUGCCUUCAGCGGCUUCCUUGCCGUCGCCAUUAAUAAGAUGGAUGGCAUCGGGGGCAAGCCUGGCUGGGCAUGGAUCUUCAUCCUCGAGGGUCUCUUCACCGUCUGCUGCGCCGUCGCGACGUACUUCAUCCUCUCCGACUUCCCGGACACCGCCAAGUUCUUGAGCGAGACGGAGCGCGUCUGGGUCAUCCGCAAGCUACGCGCGGAUAUGAAGUUCAGCGCCGGCGGCGAGAAAUUCAAGGCGAAGUAUGUCAAGCAGAGCUUGCUGGACUGGAAGACGUGGAUCGCUAUGGGUAUCUACAUGGGCUUCGACGGUCCGCUCUUCGCCUUCUCGCUUUUCACACCGACAAUCAUCAACCAGCUCGGGUACACCUCGACUACUGCGAACCUGCUCUCCGUCCCUGUCUACGUGUGGGGGUGCAUCGUGACGGUCGUUGUGGGCUUCCUGGGUGACCGUCUGGGCAAGCGAGCGUUCAUUAACCUGGCUUUAUUCACGACGGGCUUGGUAGGAUACAUCAUCCUGAUCACCUCGAGGAGCGCCCCUCUAUCCUACUUCGCUGUCUUCCUAGCCAUAGCCUCGAUUUACCCCACUGUUCGUGAGUCUAAUUCCGUGGCAUGGGUGUCUAGCAACGUCGAGGGCUCGUACAAACGUGGAGCGACGCUGGCAAUGGCCAUCGGCUGGGGCAACCUUAAUGGUGCGGUUAGCUCGAACAUCUACCGCGCCGUCGACAAGCCAUGGUACCGGCUCGGCCACGGCAUCGUCCUCGCAUAUAUCUCCAUCGGCUGGAUAUGCUCACUGGCCUUCUACUUCCUUCUCAAGCGCGAGAACGCACGCAGGGCGGCCGGCGAGCGCGACGAGGUCAUUGACGGUGUCGACAACAAGCACGCGCGCGAGGAGAACGGUCAUUUCGCGAGCGUCGAGCAGGCGAGGGAAGAGAAGGGCGACCAGUGGAGCGGGUUCAAGUACUCAUUGUAG